ACGCUGCCUUUGCUCACUUCCGGGUAGUUUGUUGAUGCAAUCAGCUGAAAGUGCAAAGACUAGUAAUGUGUGUCUUCACAUUGAGAAAUGAAUAAGAUACGUAUUUAACUCAAGUCGUCUAUGAAUCUAGAAAGUCUUAUGUGUAAUAAUUCCUGAGACUGGACUGGACCCCCAGCGGUAGCGACUAUGGCCAGUGCCGGGCCCCAAGCCUCUGGCUCUACAGGAGCAGACACCACCUCCAAUCCCAGCUCUGGGAACUCAUCGGGAGAAAGCAGUAGCCAAGACAGCACAUUUGAGUGCAACAUUUGCCUGGACACAUCAAAGGAUGCUGUGAUAAGUCUCUGCGGGCAUCUUUUCUGUUGGCCCUGCUUACAUCAGUGGUUGGAAACCAGACCAAACAGACAGGUAUGUCCAGUUUGUAAGGCCGGCAUCAGCCGUGACAAAGUCAUCCCUCUGUAUGGAAGGGGCAGCACUGGCCAACAGGACCCCAGAGAAAGAACUCCUCCCCGACCACAGGGCCAGCGUCCUGAACCAGAGAACCGAGGGGGCUUUCAAGGCUUUGGCUUCGGUGAUGGGGGUUUCCAGAUGUCCUUUGGGAUAGGAGCCUUUCCUUUUGGCAUUUUUGCCACAGCGUUCAACAUAAACGAUGGUCGACCUCCUCCAGCUGCCCCUGGCACCCCACAGCAUAUGGAUGAGCAGUUCCUGUCCCGCCUCUUCCUGUUUGUGGCGCUGGUGAUCAUGUUCUGGCUACUCAUUGCGUAAAAAGGAUUAGACCGCAGUUAAUUUUGACUUCAGGAUAUGUUCCUCUUCACCGACGCUACAUGACGAAUCAGAUGGUUAAGUGAUAAACACACACAGUUGUGUGUCCGACCAUGUAAAAACUAUUUUGCAGUGUGGACAUUCCCUCUUCGUUCUCCAAUGAUCUUGGUUUGGUUCAAUUUUCAGGGGAUGAUUGUGCUUUUUAACACAUUUCAUAUCUCCUUAAUGUGUGAUUUCAUGUGCAGUAUGUGAGCCUCAUAUUUGCACGUUCAUAACUCAUGUUUGAAGAAACCUGUCAUUAUUUAAUUGUAUGAAUAUAAUACUGUGAUCUUUUUUGACCGUUUUUAUUUUUACUAAUGGUAUAGUAUUAAUAAAACAAGUUCUGGUCAUUUUAAAA